GUAGCUUGCUCUUCGCACGACAAGUUCAGUGGCUAAAAUUGUUUAUUUAAUUAUUUUUCUAUAUACGUUUCCGAAUAAGCAAAACACAAAAAUGGUGGUCAAAGCUGUAUGCGUUAUCAAUGGCGAUGCCAAGGGCACAGUUUUCUUCGAACAGGAGGGCGAGGGCUGCCCCGUGAAGGUUACCGGCGAGGUAACCGGCUUGGCAAAGGGUCAGCACGGCUUCCAUGUGCAUGAGUUCGGCGACAACACGAAUGGCUGCAUGUCAUCGGGACCGCACUUCAAUCCCUACCAGAAGGAGCAUGGCGCACCGACCGACGAGAAUCGCCACCUGGGCGAUUUGGGCAACAUCAUCGCCAAUGGCGAUGGUCCCACGCCCGUGAACAUCUGCGAUUGCAAGAUCACAUUGCUCGGCGCCAAUAGCAUUAUUGGACGCACCGUUGUGGUGCACGCUGAUCCCGAUGAUCUGGGCAAGGGCGGACACGAGCUGAGCAAGACAACUGGCAACGCGGGAGCUCGCAUUGGCUGCGGUGUCAUCGGCAUUGCCAAAAUCUAAACAACUUUAGAGCCUAAAAGCAUUUCAAGCAAAUGCAUACAUAUUAGCCCACAUAUAUAUAUAAAUAUUGUAUAUGGAUUUAAUUUAGUGUAUCCACGGCGCGUAAUCACGGUUUAAACUUUCUAUUGGAUAUAUACGUACAUAAAAGAGAUUUUCCUUUGUUAGUUGUUUAAAAGCAACCUUUAAGGCAAUAAAUGGUGUUAUCAAAA